AUGUCCUCCGACACUCUUGUGCUGGAAGACCCCUACUCCUCACACCGAAUCUACAUCGGUGACUCGAUCGGCUGUCUUCGUGUCGCUCAAUGCGAUCCUCCUUCCUCCCUACCCUCCUCUAGCAGCGGGUACUCUGGACCGACGAUCAAACCUUUAAUCCUGCCCAACUUCAAAUCGCACUCCGACAAUGCCGUACAACGGCUCGCCACAGGCGUCCUCUCCUCCUCCUCCUCCACCUACGUAGUCGCAAUGGCUCGAAAGAAUGCUACUAUCGAUGUAGUGCAGAUUAUGAAUCAGUCUUUACCCUCAUCUUCUGCUUCUCCGGCGGCAAUUUCCGAUCUGCGUGCGGAGGUGAUGUGUACGAUUAGGGAGAGCCAUAUGAAGGCCGGUAUUCAGCGGUUUAUCGGUUUAGCAGUGGGUGAGGAGGGAGUGUAUAGUGUCACUUCUUCCGGAGUCUUCCGUUUCACACCAAUCAGUAUUGCAGCUGAGGGGAAUGCGGAAGUGGGGGAAGCGAAAGUGUUGGAUUACCUCCCAGCGCCGCUGCAGCAUGUUAGCUUCUACCCGAGCACGAAUCCAACACAUUUCUGCUACGGUGGCGAGGACAUUCCCCUUUCCCUCUGGCAUAUUCCUACGGCGGUGUCAGAACAGCAAGAAUCGGCGGUGGGAGAUUUGAGCAUCCAUUCGACCAAAACGGAGGAUUUGGCAGGGUUGAACAGUAAACAGCGUAAACGAAAACGUCAGCUUGAGGCGAAAACCAAAGCAAGGGAAUUGAUGUGGGGUGAAAUUUGGCGUGCGAAGAAUCUCCCCAAUGACAAUCUUUCGCUUCCGAGACGGGCGAAUAUUACUUCUACCCAUAUUCUUAGCUUGGACGAUGGAAGUGAAGGAGGAGAAGCGGGGAGUGUGGGAGGGGAAAGUUUUAUUGCGGUAGGAACAAAAGAUGGCUUGGUGAGGAUUUAUCAACCUGGAGGAAGCACUAGAAAGCAUAUCAGGGAGAUUAGGGUCAUUCCUGCGGGACAAGGAUCUGUUAAAACUCUCUCCGCUUCUUUUCUCCCCCUAGACGCUGAAAAGGGAGGAUUGCUAUUCGUGGGCGACACAGGGUCGAAGCUGUACACAGUGGAUUGGAGGACAGGAGCGCUUUUGUACAGCUACAAAGGAAUGGGCCAGGUUGGAGCUACACUUUCGAUGACCACCCUUCCCCUCCCACCGAGUAGAAAGGAAGCGGAAGCAUUGGUGACGGUGUCUUCGGAUAGCCUCGUUAGGUUUUGUACGACGGUUCCUGCGGCGGCGGCAGUGCCUAAGGCUGGUGCUUCUGCGGAGAAGGGUGAGGUGAUGUGGACAAAGAUGAUUGCUAAUGCGGGGACGCAGAGUGUACAUGCUAGUCCGACCGCGCUUGUUUGGGAUGGUGUACUGCCGGGUGGGCUUAAAAAGAGGAGGUCGAAUGGGGUGAAGGAUGCGGAAGGAGCCGAGGAGGGCGGAGAGGAGGAUGAGCAGGAGGCGGAUGAGAUCUUUGCUAAGAUGGAAGAAGUUGGUGGCAAGGGUGCUAGGGGGAAGAAGGUGAAUGGUUCGAAGAAGGACGCUGAAAAAGAUGCAAAUGAGGAGGAGGAGGAGGACGACGACGACGACGACGACGACAGUGACGACGAUGAGGAGGAGGCAGCAGAGCUGAUGGAGAAGAGUGCGAAUAACAGCAAAGCCAACAGUGAUGGAAAGCGUAAGGGCAAGCCUGCUCUGCCAAAGAAGAGUCGCAAGUGA